UCACUGCCGCCAACUCCCUUCAGCCAUAAUCAAGUCAUCGGUCGCACAAUCGCCACCUGAUACUGGUCUCAUCUUUCACAACCCCUCUCUCCCCUACUCGAAAAAAUUUCAACUUUCAAUCAUACCCAUUUCAUUUUAAUCUAGAUUUUAUCUACAUUUGAUGAAAUCAGCUUCAUUAGGUUCAAAUGAAAUUCCAAAGCCUUUGUUCUUCAAGAUGUUCCACUCUCUGUCCGCUUCUCGGAGCUUCCACCUCUACCAAUUUUGGAACUAUGAAGCUUGGAAUCGUUAGAGCGACACCUUCACCAUCUUCCAGAUCCUCAAGAAUGACUGUUCACUGCGUGGUUCGUUUCCGCCCUUGUAUUGAUAUUCACAAGGGGAAAGUGAAACAAAUUGUUGGAUCAACUCUCCGGGAUUCAGAGCAGGAUGGCUCAACUCUUCUCACAAAUUUUGAAUCAGAUUUAUCAGCUGCUGAGUAUGCAAACUUGUACAAACAAGAUGGGCUUACAGGUGGUCAUGUCAUCAUGCUUGGAGCAGAUCCUUUGAGCAUAGAUGCUGCCCUCGAAGCAUUGAAUGCCUAUCCUGGCAGUUUACAAGUUGGAGGUGGGAUCAAUUCAGAAAAUUCUUCAAGUUAUAUUGAAAAGGGAGCUAGCCAUGUCAUUGUCACUUCAUAUGUGUUCAACAAUGGACAAAUGGAUCUUACAAGGCUUAAAGAUCUUGUUCGCAUUGUUGGGAAACAAAGGCUAGUGCUGGAUCUUAGUUGUAGAAAAAAGGAAGGUAAAUAUGCAAUUGUGACUGAUAGAUGGCAGAAGUUCAGUGAUGUAUUUCUUGAUGAGAAAGUACUGGCUUUCCUGGCUGACUAUGCAGAUGAGUUUUUAGUCCAUGGCGUGGAUGUCGAAGGGAAAAAACUCGGCAUCGAUGAAGAGCUAGUGACGUUGCUCGGCAAGUAUUCAUCGAUUCCUGUCACAUACGCGGGCGGAGUCACGACGAUGGCCGACUUGGAAAGGAUAAAAGACGCGGGAAUGGGGCGUGUGGAUGUUACCGUGGGCAGUGCAUUGGAUAUUUUUGGGGGAAAUUUAGCAUACAAGGACGUUGUUGCAUGGCAUACCAGGCAAAAGGUAUCAACAGUUUAGUGCCCCCCCUUUUGUUUGCUGCAUAAUUUUGUUUACUUGGGGGCUGCCUUGCUAGUCAUAACCCAUGAGACUCGGUGCCUUUGAUGUUCUUUGUUCACUCAAAGACCUUAAAUUUAUUUAAUGAUCAAGCCAUUCAUGAAUGAGAUGUUGACAAAAUAGUUACUAAUA